GAACUGGGGGAGGAGGCGGGGAAAGGCAGCCCCGGCCCAGAUCGCAGCCAUCGGUCUCAGCAAGAGCAGGCCCAGCGGUCAGAGAUCAUGGGGGAGAGCGCACUGGAGCCGGGGCCUGAGCCCGGGCCGCCGGCUGGGGGUCCCGUGCACGCCGUCACCGUGGUGACUUUGCUGGAGAAGCUGGCCACCAUGCUGGAGGCGCUGCGGGAGCGGCAGGGCGGCCUGGCUGAGAGGCAGGGAGGCCUGGCGGGCUCGGUGCGCCGCAUCCAGAGUGGCCUGGGCGCGCUGAGUCGCAGCCACGACACCACCAGCAACACACUGGCGCAGCUGCUGGCCAAGGCGGAGCGCGUGGGCUCGCACGCCGACGCAGCCCAGGAGCGGGCGGUGCGCCGCGCCGCUCAGGUGCAGCGGCUGGAGGCCAACCACGGGCUGCUGGUGGCGCGCGGGAAGCUGCAUGUCCUGCUCUUCAAGGAGGAGACUGAAAUUCCAGCCCGCGCCUUCCAGAAAGCACCAGAGCUCUUAGGCCCCGAGGACCAGUUGGUGCUGGGCCCAGAGCAGCCAGAGGAUGAAGUUGGAGAGAGUUCUGAUGAAGAGCGGGUGGAGUCCCGGGCUCAGCGGCUGCGGCGCACAGGCUUACAGAAGGUUCAAAGCCUGAAAAGGGCUCUUUCCAGUCGUAAAGGCUCUGAAGCAGCACAGCCCACACCAGUCAAGCCGCCACGCCUAGGGCCUGUCCGGAGCUCCGAAGGCCCACCAGAAGGCCAGCCUGCAGCUCAGCCUGCAACGGAGUCCGUGCUCGAGUCUGCUCUGGAGCCAGAACCUCCUCAGCCUACCAAGGAAGAUCCUGAGAGACCUGUGCUUCAAAUAGAGAGCGCGGCCUGAUCAUUGGGGCUGCCUGCCCCAUUCAGUGCUUGUCCCAAAAUAAAUACAGAGUGCAGCACUUACAUCCAAAUAAGGAGAGAAUCCUGCAUCCACUGCCCAGCUCCAAUCCUUCCUUCCUGGCUUUCCAGUCUGGUACCCCGUGUCCUCUGAAAGAGGAGCAUUCAGCUUAAUUUAGGUUCACCACCAAUAAAAGUAAUUUUCUCUAA